UUUACAUAAUGAGUUUUCUUCUUUCAAAAUUAUCUGAUAAAAAAGGUGUUGACGAAGUAAUCAAGAGCACUGAAGACAUAAUUCUAGUGCUAAGGUUUGGAAGAGAACAUGAUUCAACUUGUCUGCAGCUGGAUGACAUCCUUGCAAAGUGUGAGGCAGAGUUGUCGAAAAUGGCAAAGAUCUACACAGUUGAAAUUGACAGCGUCCCAGUUUACUGUCGCUAUUUUGACAUCACACUGAUUCCUGCAACUAUCUUCUUCUUUAAUGGUCAACACAUGAAAGUAGAUUGGGGGACACCAGACCAUACAAAGUUCAUUGGAAGUUUCUGUUCAAAGCAAGACUUUAUUGAUGUGAUUGAGACACUUUACCGUGGUGCCAUGAGAGGGAAAGUUAUGGUACCGAGUCCAUUAGAUCCCGCUAGCAUCCCCAAGUAUGACUUACUGUUCAAGGAUAUCUGAGGGAAGAAUCCGGUUAAAAGGAUGAAUGAAAUUACUCAAUCCCAUCAGCUGGUUCAUGUAGCAGUGGAAUUGAUGGGCUGUCCUUAUAGACCAGUAGUGUUGCAGUUGGACUGUGCGGGCUUGUUGCAUUUCAGUAAAAGGCAGUCAACUGUUAAGCAAAAGCUUUAGCUUGGACGAGGAGAUAAAGUGACAAUUAUUCUCUAUGAUGGUCGAUAGAAUGUUCUAGGUGGUGUCUUUCAGUAUUGUCUUCGUAAAAUUAGAGAGAGAGGAAAUGCCCAAACAUUUACUUGCUAUCACAGUUGAAAUUGAAGAAUCUAGGACAACUCAGGAGGUUUUCAUGAAACUCGGUUUUAAUUGAACUGACAUGGUAAUGUCCUUGUAGAAAAGGUGUUGUUCUGACAGAGGGCGAUACUAAAAACUUUUUCAGAUAUUUCUGAUCAUGGGAGUAACGAGUAUGUUCUAGUUUGAAAAGUGUUAUCAAUAUAUUGCAUAAUGUUUGAAUACCCGAAUUAAACUGAUUUUAUUUGCAAUAUUCCCUCUUGCUGGUAAUUCAUUAAAAGUGGGUGAAAUAUUUGA